CAACACUCAGAAACAGACAAUCAGAAACAACAUUGCCAAGGAUUGUUUAAAAAAGAAUGGCUUGAAUCACUCUACAGACGGUAAACAAUUUGUACAAGCUCUAUGCUGAAGCAAUCCCAGGAUAAAACAUUGCUCAACUAAUCUACCUUGGGAUUUUGCAGAAUAAAGAGAGAGGAGGAAAAGAUCCAUGCUCCCAGGUACGGGAAAGAGAGAAAUCUAGUGUGGGAGAGCUCUCCAUGGAAAGAUGCGAAAGGAAGAGGUCAGAAAAGAAAACAGAGCAAGGUCAAGUCCAUGAAAAAUUCCAGCUGAUGCUCCUGAGGAUUUAUGAGCAGCUUGCCAGUAUUCAAAAGCAAAGGCAAGGGCUGCCAUGGUUAGAAGUAAAAUUAAGAAUUGAGUCUUCAAUGCCUGAUUUAGUGACAGGAAGAUGCUCCAAGCCAACAGACGAUCCAAGGCUGAUGCUAGUCUGAGCAAGAAGGAGCAUCACUGUCUGGAAGGGCCUGGGACAGUGACAGCAAGCAGGAUUACACUUUUUAGCAAAGACAGAAGCAGUAGCAGCCUGGCCAGGACCGGACUCACACCCUGAGCUGGGCUGACUCCCAGCAUCUAAUUUAGCCUAAUCCCUAAAUGCUACCAAAACAUAGUAUUUUCUUCUCAUGACGUGACUGUAAAGAAUCUGAAAUAAAUGUUGCAUUUUCACAUUUUUCUUGUUACUGCAAAAGUGACAAGCACAAAGCAAAGGCAUUCUGUUUUCUUGGGGAACGAUUUCCUCCGUAUCUGGGAGUUCUGCAGUGCCGGUUCCCGCGGGGCGCCGGAAAGCCCGGGGGGGCUUGGAGAGCCGUACCCACACGCCUCUCGCCAGCUCUCCCAGUGCGGGCGGAGGCGCCAGAUUUAAGAGGAAAAAGGCGCCGCAAGCGGGAGAGAAGCGAGCACAGGGCGGAGGCGAGGCCGGAGGGCACCGGAGCCGGCCGGGGUGCGAGCUGCCCGGCGCUUCCCAGCCUCAUUCUCCCCGGAGCUGGUGUCAGCUUGGAUCUGAACGCUGCCGUCGCCGCUCUCCUCGGAGCCGCAGCUGUCCAUUAGAGCUGCCGCCGGCCGCACAGCUCGUCUCCAUCCUCCUCAAGGUCUCGGAUGGAAGCAGCGCGCAACAGCAUGGCCCUCGAGAGGCUCGGGGAAGCGCUGCACGGCAUCCCCCCGUUGCAAAGCUCGCUCCUGCUCAUCCUCUGCCUGCUCGCCGCCAUCCACCUGGGCAAGCUCCUCCUGCAGCAUCAGCAGCGCCGGCGGCAGGGCCAGCGCCGGGCGCCGCCGGGCCCUUUCCCCUGGCCCCUGAUCGGCAACGCGGCGCAGCUGGGCAGCGCCCCGCACCUCUCCUUCGCCCGGCUGGCCAGCACCUACGGCGCCGUGUUCCAGCUGCGCCUGGGGCGCUGGCCCGUGGUGGUGCUGAACGGGGAGCGCGCCAUCCGCCAGGCCCUCGUCCGCCAGGGGGCCGCCUUCGCCGGCCGCCCGCCCUUCCCGUCCUUCCAGCUCGUGUCGGGCGGGCUGAGCCUGGCCUUCGGCGGAUACUCGGAGCUCUGGAAGCUGCACCGGCGGGCGGCGCACGCCACGGUGCGCGCCUUCUCCACGGGCAGCCCCGCCACCCGCCGCCUGCUGGAGCGGCACCUGGUGGGCGAGGCGCGGGCGCUGGUGGCGCUGCUGGUGCGCGGCAGCGCCGGCGGCGCCUUCCUCGACCCCUCGCGCGUCCUGGUGGUGGCCGUGGCCAACGUGAUGAGCGCCCUGUGCUUCGGCCGCCGCUACAGCCACGGCGACGGCGAGUUCCUGCGCAUCGUGGGGCGCAACGAGCAGUUCGGGCGGGCGGUGGGCGCCGGCAGCCUGGUAGAUGCGCUGCCCUGGCUCCAGCGCUUCCCCAGCCCCGUCCGCGCCGCCUACCGCGCCUUCCGCGACCUCAACCGCGACUUCUACGGCUUCGUCCGCGGCAAGUUUCUGCAGCACCAGCGCAGCCUGCGCCCCGGGGCCGCCCCCCGCGACAUGAUGGACGCCUUCAUCCGCCUGCAGCGGGAGCAGCCGCGGCUGCAGCUCGAGCACGUGCCCGCCACCGUCACCGACAUCUUCGGCGCCAGCCAGGACACGCUCUCCACCGCCCUGCAGUGGCUCCUCAUCUUCCUCAUCAGGUAUCCGAAAGUGCAGGCUAAAAUGCAAGAGGAAGUGGAUAGGAUUGUUGGAAGAGACCGUCUGCCAUGUGUUGAAGAUCAGCCUCACCUGCCCUACAUCAUGGCUUUCCUGUAUGAAUCCAUGCGUUUCAGCAGCUUUGUGCCUGUGACUAUCCCACAUGCCACCACGACCAACACCUUCAUCAUGGGCUACCUCAUUCCCAAGGACACCGUCAUCUUUGUCAAUCAGUGGUCAGUGAAUCAUGACCCAGCAAAAUGGUCCAACCCCGAGGACUUUGAUCCAACAAGAUUCCUGGAUGAGAAUGGGUUCAUCAAUAAAGAUCUUACUAGCAGCGUGAUGAUUUUCUCAUUGGGGAAGCGUCGGUGUAUUGGAGAGGAGUUAUCCAAGGUGCAGCUCUUCCUCUUUACCUCCAUACUGGUGCAUCAGUGCAAUUUUACUGCCAAUCCAAACGAGGACCCUAAAAUGGACUUCACCUACGGGCUGACCAUUAAGCCUAAGCCGUUCACCUUGAAUGUUACCCUUAGAGAUACGAUGGAUUUGCUCGACCAGGCUGUCCAAAGACUGCAAGCAGAGAAAGCAGCCAGUGAAAGUCAGCUGUCAGCAAAUGCCUAAGCAAUAAGCCCUGUGUCUACAGAUAACCUCCCUCUCUCUUUUUAGACUUAUAUAACUCAUAGCUUGUUCUGGUGAUAUUUUUGGUACAUAGCCAAUAUUACACGUUAUAAAAGCAGGAAGCAAAGUUGCACAAGGUAUAAUUCAGGCAUCUUUUUAAUUCUAGAAGGAGAGCCAGGGGAACAAUAUAUUAAAUGAUAAAACAUAUGCAAUUUGAAAGUAAGCCUUUUCUUUUCUAGCUGGUUCACAGAAGUUGUCAUUCUAAAGUGCUUUUUAUCUACUGACUGGUUGGAGCAUCUCCAGGAACUGUCUCUGUAAUCCUUUCCAUGUCUCCAUGCACUAUGCCUUAACUCUAAGUUUGCCUUCAGUGACUCCACAUUCAGAAGUGAAGUCUCUUAUUAAAAAAAGAACAAAAGCAGUUGCUCAGAACACUGCAGCCUGCUUCUGAAUUUACUCUGCUGGAAACUGCCAUAGGCUCAUGGCAGCUCUGAUGUUGUGGGAUGUAUGUGAAUGCUUCAAUAAUAAGUGUUCAUACGAUUUUUGGUAAAAUGGCAAUGUAAAGUCUUGCCUUCAGCAUUCCAAAAUGUUUACAUAAAUGCCUAAAAAAAUAAAAGACUUUCCUGUAAGCAUGUUUGAAACUAAAAUUUAUGUUUUAUAUGAAAAUCAACAGAAUGUCCUAAUAUAGUAACUCUUCACAAAGUUUUGAAAGAUCAGAAUUUCUAUGUCACUAGAUGGCAAGGGUGAUACAAAUCUUAUGCUAAUCUGUUCAUUAGCAUGUUCACAAACAAAGCAAGUAUUUGAAUUAGAUUUAUAAAGGUAUAGCUGAAGUUUGUUUCUUUAGGAAGGAGUUAAUAUUGUUGUCCCUAAGCAUAUGGGUAAGUCCAGUAAAAUCCACAUUGGCCAAGGUAGGUAGAAGUGAGAUUGGGGGGAUUUAUAUUAAAACAUUAAUGCCACAGGCCUCAAGUAAAGCAUACAGCAAAUAAUACCCCUACUCACUCAUUCUGUUAGGUUGAGUUAAAUAGUACAUCUAAAAAUCAACUAUGUACUUUUAGUAGAAUUUGUUUGGAGCAAAGUCUCAGAAGGAAAAGUAGCAUUACAUGUCCUAAGUACCCAUUAACUGAACAAAAAGUACUUUUACAAUAUUUGUGAGGCAAAGUUCAUAAAUUUUCUUCAAAAACCACGUAUUAUUUUAAAGUAAAACACGCAUGAAACUUUAUGGUGUUGAACCUCCAGCUAAUGUUUGUUUCCCAAAGCUGCAUAUUUCUCUAGAAAGCAAACAGCCCUAUGUAAAAGCCUGAUAUGAAAAGUGUUGGGCACUUCUUUGGAGCUGCAGGUCACCCUCAAUUACUUAUGAAAUCCAUCAGACAUGAGAGUACCUCACAUGACUUGCUGUGCUCAGCUGAGUACCAGAUGAAGUAUUAGCAGAGCUAGAAAAACAAGGUUACAGUGCCACGCAGUGAAGUAGCUCUGCAGAGACCUGAGUAAGGAUUUGCACUGUGACUUCCAAUAGGUGGCCAGCCUCAGGCACACUGGCAGCUGGGACACAGCUCCUGCUGACGCUGGGGAGAGCUGCGUUAACAACACUGUCCUGAUCUUCAGUACAGGCUUUGCUACUGAUUUUAAAAACCUGAAUCAAGCCUACAAGCACUGCUCUAUAACUCCACACAGUCAUAAUGUACCUGCUUAAGGUCUCUGACUUCAUAUGGCAUCUAUCAUCUCUUUUUACAGCUUAAAAAAGCGUUCUGCUACGUACACAUGGAGUAAGCUCAGGUGAUUUUCUAAUUAUGUACAAGUUUGUGAUAUCCCAGAACUUAGCCUAUACCUGUGAAAAGCUUUAUAAGAUACUCAGCAUUCUCAUAUGGAGAUCUACAUUAGAUCAAAUGCUAGCAAAACAAUUUUUCUUGUACCUUUUAAAGUACUGUUAUUAAAAGAAAUAAAGUAUGUAACCUACAUACUAUCCUAAUGCAAGGAUCAUCAACUCAUAUUGUAAUAAAAAAUGGCUUUUGCAAUUUUGUACUCUUCCAAAAGCUUUAACUGUGCAUUGGCUACUAGUGCAAAAUCCAUCCACACUGCUCUUGUCAGUCAGGGGAUUACACACUAUAUAGCUGUUGGUCACAUCAUGCCUCAUGUAACCUGUGAAGUUACUCAAGUUUAGUAGCACCUAUUUAGAAUGUAUGCAGUCAUUUAGCAAGCAAAAUUCUAUGGUAAUUUUGAGAUGUAUCAUUGUGUUACCAAAAUACUAAAUAAAAUUAUUCUUACACUA